UAUGGCAUCUCAGCUACGCUUCUCUGACAUCAUCACAUCUACCUCGCGACGUACAAACGCAUCAUGUCUAAUCCGCAUCGUCUCGCACCGGCCCAGCGCUCUUUUGCACCUCUCCUUCUUCACGCACAACCCACAUAACCCCCAAUUGCUUCCUUGAGCAAGCACAACACCACAACACUACAACACCACAACUAUGCUCCGCUCCCACGCAGCCAGGUCAACGCGCACUCUCCGCCUCGCCGCGCGCCCCUUCUCCGUCUCCGCCACCCGCCACGCCGACAAAUUGUCUACCAAUAGCAAGACGAAGACCGACGCAUACCCCGACGAUGAGCACAGCGUGAACAAGGCGAAGAAGGGUGACCACAACGACAUCCAGACGAGCAACCUGAAAGACGGACUCGACAGUGCAAAGCAGGGGACUGGCGGCCACGCGACGGAGAGACGCGACUCAGCGGGCGGGAAGGAGAAGGCGAAGCAGGAGUUCCCCGAGGCGCCGGAUCCAGCGAUUGGGAUGCAGGAUGAGCGGGGUGGGAGGGGUGCUUGA